UCCAACCCGAUUAAUACAAAAUCACAACCUGCCCGCCAUCGUGUCACUCAACACCGACAUUCCCCCACUCUUUCUUCCUCCCCCUCUACCUCUCUCAUUCUUCCCCAAUUUUAGGGUUUCACUGAUAACAAUUUGGGGCUUUUUAUCUUCUCCCCGAAAUUCGCCAUUGAAUUGAGCUCGACCUCCAAAUCCCUACCAUGUCGAAGCGCAAAUUCGGCUUCGAAGGCUUCGGAAUCAAUCGCCAACAAACCUACAACUUCGAACGAUCUCAACAACAACCUCAACGCCUCUACACUCCUCCUUCUUCUUCGCGACCUCAUGACCACCACGAAGAUACCGAUGUCGACAACAUCGACUUCGACGACGAUAGCAACAACGUUUCCGACGCCGGAAAUCUCACCGGCAACGAAGAAAUUGAUCCUUUGGACGCUUUUAUGGAGGGAAUUCAUAAGGAAGUGAGUGAAGCGCCCCCGCCGAAGCCGAAAGAGAAGCUUGAUAAGUAUAGAGAUGAUGAUGAUGAUGAUGAGGAUGAUCCAAUGGAAAGUUUCUUGAGGGCAAAGAAAGAUGUAGGGUUAACAUUGGCUUCGGAUGCGCUUCGAGCCGGGUACGAUUCCGAUGAGGAGGUUUACGCUGCUGCGAAAGCGGUUGAUGCUGGAAUGGUUGAGUAUGAUUCUGAUGAUAAUCCGGUUGUGCUUGAUAAGAGGAAGAUUGAGCCUAUUACUGCAUUGGAUCAUAGUGAGAUUGAUUAUGAGGCGUUUAAUAAGGAUUUUUAUGAGGAGAAGCCUUCCAUUUCUGGCAUGAGUGAGCAGGACGUCACAGAGUACCGGAAUGCCUUGAAAAUUCGUGUUUCUGGUUUUGAUGUUCCAAGGCCAGUUAAAACUUUUGACGAUUGUGGAUUCCCUCCACCACUGAUGAGUGCAAUCACAAAACAGGGUUAUGAAAAGCCUACCAACAUACAAUGCCAAGCUUUACCAAUUGUGCUGUCAGGAAGUGAUAUAAUUGGCAUAGCAAAGACUGGUUCUGGAAAAACUGCUGCUUUUGUGCUUCCUAUGAUUGUGCAUAUAAUGGAUCAGCCAGAGCUGGGCAAAGGAGAAGGACCAAUCGGAGUGAUAUGUGCACCCACCAGAGAAUUAGCUCAUCAGAUAUAUUUGGAAACUAGAAAAUUUGCAAAACCGUAUGGGUUACGUGUGUCUGCAGUCUAUGGUGGGAUGUCCAAGCUUGAUCAGUUUAAAGAACUCAAGGCAGGAGCGGAGAUUGUUGUUGCUACUCCUGGGAGACUGAUUGAUUUGCUGAAAAUGAAGGCAUUAACAUUGAAGAGAGCAACAUAUCUGGUGCUUGAUGAGGCGGAUCGAAUGUUUGACCUUGGUUUUGAGCCACAGAUAAGGUCUAUUGUUGGUCAGAUCAGGCCAGAUCGUCAGACUUUACUCUUCUCAGCAACAAUGCCCCGAAAAGUGGAAAAGUUGGCAAGAGAAAUUCUUUCUGAUCCUGUACGUGUUUCAGUGGGGGAGGUAGGCAUGGCAAAUGAAGAUAUAACUCAGUUUGUUCAAGUGCUUCCAUCAGAUGCAGAAAAGUUACCUUGGCUCUUAGAAAAGCUGCAAGGAAUGAUUGAUGAAGGUGAUGUUUUGGUAUUUGCUUCGAAAAAGGCCUCUGUAGAUGAACUUGAGUCCCAACUAGCACAGAAAGGGUUCAAAGUUGCUUCUCUUCACGGUGAUAAAGAUCAGGCUUCUCGGAUGGAGAUUCUGCAGAAAUUUAAGGCCGGGAUAUACCAUGUUCUUAUUGCUACGGAUGUUGCUGCUCGAGGUCUUGACAUUAAGUCGAUCAAGUCAGUUGUCAACUUUGACAUUGCAAAAGAUAUGGAUAUGCAUGUGCAUCGCAUUGGUAGAACAGGUCGUGCUGGUGAUAAAGACGGAGUUGCAUACACUCUUAUCACACAGAAAGAGGCCAGGUUUGCUGGGGAAAUGGUCAACAGUUUGAUCGCUGCUGGCCAGAAUGUGUCUGUGGAACUGAUGGAUCUUGCCAUGAAGGAUGGAAGAUUCAGGUCUAAACGUGAUGCAAGGAAAGGAGGUGGAAAGAAGGGAAAAGGGAGAGGAGGAGGACGAGGAGGUGGUGGAGGAGGAGGUGGUGGUCGAGGUGUUCGUGGAGUGGAUUUUGGUUUGGGCAUUGGGUAUAAUACAGAAUCCAACAAUGCUCCCUCUCAAACUCCCAGUCGGACUGCUGCAGUUAAUUCACUUAGGACUGGUAUGAUGGCACAGUUCAAGAGCAGCUUUGUGGCUGCUUCACCUGACUCUCAGAAUCAGGCGACCAACAAUUCAAACGUGUAUGCCAACAAGCGCCCAGCUAUGACUGGUUUUGUUUCGGGUGGUACCAUAGGUGGGGACAGCAACAGACCUCAGGCAACCCCUACAACAAAUUUCACUCCAGCACCAGGAGGGAGCAUCGGUGGUCAGAAUGCUGAUCAGAAGAGCAAUGAAAGCUCAAGAGAAAGGCAAAGGGAAAGGCGAAGGCCCUCAGGCUGGGAUAGAUAGCAAAAUUGAAGUCUAUCAUUGUAUUCUGUAGCUUUUCGUACAAAAAACUGCUACAUGUAACACUAUUUUUUUUUUUUUUUUUUUUUUUUUACAGGAACACAUGUAACGCUAUUUUUACCUAGUAUAAUUACUAUGAGCCUUCCCAUUCGAAAAUUUUGACUUCUACUCUGUUUUUCUGUAAAAAAUUUCUGCUCCCAAGUUUCAUGUUUCAGGAUGCUGCUGUUAAGGAAUUGUAAAUCAGUUGCAAGCUUUUCCAAAAUUCAAAAAAUUUUGAA